AUGACAAAUAAAUCAUAUAAGUAAGUGUCUAGCGAUCUUCCUCGUACUCGUUUCAGGAUGUUUUUCGACUUCGUGCAGCACUGCUUCCUCAAUUUCAGGUGUUCUCACACUUCGAGGUCUACCUUCAGAUGUUCCUUUUCGAACAGAACCAGUUUCAACAAGACGACGAUAAGUAUCGAUGCAUUUUUGCCAAAGCAACGUAAGUGACAUUUUUGGUGAAAAUCAUGUUUUUCCAUUAACGUAAGGCUUUUAUUGUUGAGAAGGUACUGCCAAAGUGUAGGAAGCCUAGAUUUUACUUUAAACCUUUUAACGCAAGCUAACGUUUUUUACCGCCAUAAUAACGUAAGUCCCGGUCGGUUUCUGCGACUUACGUCAGAUUUUCGCAGUCAGUGUUUGGCUUACGACAGUGCUAGAUGAGUUAGCAGAAACUGAUGCAGAGGAUGACGAUGAAGAUGAAAGCUCCAAAACUUAAAAAAAUAUAUAUUUUGUACUAGUAAUUAUUUCAUAUUUCCUUUUGUAACGUUAUUUUGUGUUUUUUUUUUAAUAAUAAAC